UGAAUAAUAUAAAAUCAUCUACCAGAUAAUCAUGGCGUUCGAGUAAAAUUCCUUGAUUUGAAAACAUCAGACCCCGAUAAUGGCAGAAGAGACGGUACCUGGCUUCCAUCAUGUUGCUAGAGAAACCCUUGAUGUCAAACGUCUAGCCCAGUUCUACGCAGAGAUUUUCGGUUUCGAGCAAAUUGAGAGUCCAAAAUUUCCGUGUGAGGUGAUAUGGAUGAAAUUAGGUUCAUUUUAUCUGCAUCUGAUUGAAAAGGAUCCUGAAUCUAAGCUUCCAGAAAGUCCAUGGAAUGCAACUGCAGCAGUGACAAACCCUAAGCAUCUUCCCAGGGGACACCACCUCUGUUUGUAUAUGCCUAAUUUCGAAUCCUUUGUUCAGAGCCUUAAGGAAAAAGGCAUCGAGAUUCAUGAGAAGACCUUACAUGAUGGGAAAACCAAGCAAGUGUUCUUCUUCGACCCUGAUGGGAACGGUUUGGAGGUUUCGAGCCGGCUGCAUUGUUGCUACUAAAUAGCUGUAGAGGUACGCGCCGUAAAAGGUACGGAGAAGAAGUGGAAAUACAUGUACUUUGAAACUUCAGCUAAUGUUCAUUAGUAUGUAUUAGAAGCUCGAGCAUGCUCGACUCGACCGUUGGCGUCGAGUUGAGCCGCUCGAAAGUUAAGGUUGUUAAUCAUAAUGACGAAUAAAAUUAUUUACAUCUUUAAUAA